CAGCAGCACAGAGUCAGAAUCUCUCCAGCACCUUCACGUGGAAGAUGUCUUCAAUCCGUGCCGCGUGCCUCCUUUGCGCAGCACUUUUCGCAAUGGUGAAGGGUUUCACCCACGAAGACAUGAAAGACGCUCUGCUGAAGAAACUUGGACUUAGUGAAGUUCCGAGAAUUCACAAGCGGGACCUGGAGAACCUUGUGAUUCCAACGCAUAUCAAGAACAAAUAUGUUUCCAUGCUGAAACUGCAUCACGCAAGAAAACGCCGCUCGCUUCCGAGUUUAGCCGGCAUACUGAGGGGAAUCCCUGGCAAUGCAGACAUCUCUGGUGAAUUUGUAUAUUCUGACACGACACGUCAACGCGUGAUGUUCGAGAUGACAUCAAGGAUUCCGGAGAACAGUGAAGUGACCAUGGCAGAACUAAAACUGUUCAAGAAAGCCCCACACAAGCGCUCCAUACCAGAGAGAAAGGGCCACAGACCCGUCAACAACGCCCGGGUGAGCAUCUACUGGGUGGAACCUCUGAAAGACGGGUCUAACCGAACUUCACUAGUGGAUUCCAGGUUGAUUCCCAUUCACGAAACCGGCUGGAAGAGCUUUGAUGUGACCCAGGCGGUGCACUAUUGGUCGAAGAGCCGAAUGGAGAUGCCCAUGCACCUGGAGGUGUGGAUCGAGGGCGAGAGACCCGGCAGUUACGCGGCAGAAAUGGCCAAGUGUGUCCGUUUCACAACUCAAGAUCCUAACGAUAACACUCUCGGAAAACCUGAGCUUGUUCUUUACACCCUCAACCUCGAGGAGUUUGGGUCUAGUGGAGACUGUGAAACCAACAAAGACAGUGAAAUGUGCUGCAGGGAAAAAUACUUCAUCAACUUCCGAGCCUUGACGUGGACCCAGUACUGGAUCAUCGAACCAUCCGGGUAUCAGGCGUUCCGGUGUAACGGAGGCUGCCGGCAGCCCAAGCGCAACUACGGCUACGGAGAGAGGAAGUGCGCGGUUGUGGAAAGCGCGCCGCUACCGAUGAUGUACUUAGUUAAAAAGGGAGAUUAUACUGAAAUUGAGGUCGCCGAGUUCCCAAAUAUGAUUGUAGAAACGUGUGGAUGCGCAAUGGAUAAUGUUUCAGUUGUAUAAAUGUGCUAUUUGCCAUCGACCACGUGACACAAUGUACUUAAAAGCUAACGUUAUAAGGCUAAGAAAGGGUGUUGGCAACUUAACCCUUAUUAAGAUACCUCAAGCACUUUUUAUGAAAUUGUAAAUAUCGCUAAAUUGAUAUGCAUUUAUUUUUGCAUUUGUAUAUGAUGCCAUAUGAAGUGAAAGACUGAUUUGUAGAUGUUAUAUUUUGAGCAGUAAAUAGAAUGGUUUGUUGUAUAUGUCAACAUGUUGACUGAAUAUAAAUUCAACUAUUUUUCAUUGAAGUGAUUUUUCUUGGGUCUUAGUUUGCAUAUUCCAGUGUGUGCAAAUUGUCACAUGGACUACAGACAUGAAUACACAAGGCAGUUAUGUUUUGUUUACUCUACAGACACAAAUAUUCACUUAUUAAACAGAACAAUUUGUAGAGUUAAAAAGGGCAUGAAGUGUAAAGAAGAUCCUUCUUUAAACAUGUCUUACCUAACAGUGUAAAUGGUUCUGUUAUAAAGUAAACUGAGAAUUUACCAAAAAAAGUUGUGGCAGCCAUACAAGUACCAGUUCUUCAUUCAAGUUUUCAGAAUCUCAGUGAUUAUAAACUAGUUCUAAUAACUGUAUUUACAUGGAUAGUUCACCUAAAAAUGAAGUCAACGUUUACUCAACCUGAAGUUGUUCCAAACUUGUAUGAGUUUCUCUGUUCUGUUGAGCACAAAAGAUUUAUUUUUGAAUGUUUCUAUUUUUUUAUUUAGAGAAGAAUUCUAAUAGAAAACAAUGAUUUAUCUCAGAGGUUUAUUACAUUAAUGACAAAUUUCCUUACAUCAUGAAACACUCAACAUUCAUCGUUGAAAAAGCAAAGCCAAAAUACAAACAUCAUAAACCGUACCAUCUGCCAUCAUUCAAGAACACAUAAUGCCACAUUUUAAGUUCAUCCUCAAAAUAGCAUACCUUACACAAGCAAAGUCUGUGUAGUAAAACAGAAUGGUCACAAACCUCUCAUGCCAUGCUUUCCAGUUAAAAAUCUGUUAAAAAUCACUUAUUCUAUUAAAAGACCAGUUCAUUAUCUCAUCCCACAGGAAAUAAUUUACAGGAAAAAAGAAAACACUUCCUGAAAUAAGUUACUUUUACAUCAAUUUAAAUGGUAUACAGUUCAACAAAAUAUUCCACUUAAACUACUACAUCAGGAUAAAAUACACCAAUUUUAAGUCAAAAAUAGCUGCCCUUUUUCUUUGGCCAUUUGGCACUUUAUAAGAAAUAUAUUUAUUCAAACAAAUCAUGGGCCUGGCUUGAUGAAAUCAGGAUGUCUCGCCGAUGGGAUCAUGGGGUGUAUGCGAUAUUAUUGUGGUCUGAAUGAUGAGGUUAUGUAAACUGAGAAAAUCCAGUCUGAAAUUCUGAUACGACCUUCAGCUAUUUUCCCCACCGCUCACUCCAUGUAAUAUUAAUAAUGCAUAUGAUAAUUUAACAAAAGAACUUGCUUAUUUGCUGGCUGUUAGAUCUAAAAUGGUUGUCAAGUCCACCAUUUGACAAAUUAAUCCCAAAAGGGAACUUUUUGGGACAUUUCCUGUAGUAAAUGGUCUAAAUAUUGUUUUAUAACAAUUUCACCAGAAACGGGUUAAUUGAAUUAUUACACAGAUAAAUAUAGCUCAGUAAAAAUAAUACUCUUAGCAUUAAAUAUUUUGCAAAGCCACUAAAAAAAAAAAAAAAAAAAAAAAA